AUGGAAUUAUCAAAAGAACAAUUACUUGAACGAAAUUUUAGUGAUUUGAGUUGGUUUCAGCAGUAUAAUGUACAAUUAAAUGCUGAAACAGCUUUACCCUAUUUUUGUUCAUUGGGUAAUCCAUUUUAUGAUCGAACAAGUUUAAAUCAACAAGUUAACAUGGGUGGAUUAUCAUUAGCUUCAAUUCAUCAAGCAACAGGAAUUGAAUAUGCAUUAAUACAUUGUCAAGAACCAAUAUUAUUUGUUAUUAGAAAACAAUAUAAAGACGGAUCAAAUGAAAUACGGCCAUUGCAAGAAUAUUACAUUGUUGCACCGGGUUAUAUUUAUCAAGCACCGGAUGCAAGCGAUGUUAUUAGUCAUAGAUUGUUGGCUGCCGUAUACCAUUUCGGUAGAGCGUUUGAUGAGGCAUCUCAGCAAGCAGCUUAUCAUCCAUCAUCCGGAUAUUAUUGGAAAUCAAAUACAAGCACAGCAGAUGAUUUCGACCGAAAAGAGUCGACAUCAAAAGAUAAAAUAGUUACCUAUCAACAACGCUAUCGUUUUGAUAAUUUAUUUCGACAUUACAUUGACCGAUUUCGACCAAAACCACAAUCCACCAUAACUGCUUCAACGACACAGACGGCACCCACAACUACUACUAUUCAUACUACUGCCACCGCUACUACUACAACUACAGUAUCGACGACAUCUACAAAUAAUAAUGUAGCAGCCACAACAGCAGUAACAACAACAGCAGAAAGACAAGCGAUAACGACAUUUAUUUGUCGUUCAUUGACCACAAAACCACCAUUAUCACCACCGCCAACUCGAAUAUGUAUUGUUGGCAGUGGUCCAGCUGGAUUUUAUUUAACACAAAAUUUACUCAAAUUACUUGAUUCAAAAACGACUACCAUUGAUAUUUUAGAAAAAUUACCAGUACCAUUUGGUCUCGUUCGUUACGGUGUGGCACCCGAUCAUCCAGAAGUAAAAAAUGUAAUUAAUACAUUUACAAAAAUUGCUGAACAUCCCUCUGUUCGCUUUAUUGGAAAUAUUCACAUUGAUGGUGUUUCUAUUUCGUUAAAACAAUUACAAGAAUUUUAUCACAUUAUUAUUUUAGCUUAUGGAUCAUCGAUAGAGAAAGGUUUAAAUAUUCCUGGAGAAAAUUUACCGAAUGUUUACUCGGCAAAAUCGUUUGUAGGUUGGUACAAUGGUGUACCAGAAACAUCUCAAUUAAAUCCAAAAUUAGAUCAUACUGAAACGGCUGUUAUUAUUGGUAUGGGUAAUGUUGCAUUAGAUUGUGCAAGAAUAUUAUUGACACCAAUUGAUGAUUUGUACAAAACAGAUAUCACUGAACAAUCAUUAGAAAUAUUAAAACAUAGUCGUAUUAAACAUGUUAUGUUGUAUGCAAGACGUGGUCCAUUACAAGUAUCAUUUACAAUUAAAGAAUUAAGAGAACUUGUACAACUUAAACAUACAAUGCCGAAAUUAGAUUUGCAAGAUUUUAGUCAAAUUACACAAGAAAAGUUAGAUAAAAUGGAAAGACCAAGAAAACGAUUGACAGACUUAUUACUGAAAACAGUUAACAAAGGACUAAUCAAAGAAUCAGUAUCAAAAUAUUGGUAUUUAAAAUUUUUUCGUGCACCAAAACGUAUUCUUGGUGCCGAUCAUGUUGAAGGUGUCGAAUUUGAUAUAACAGAACCGAUAAAAGAUUCUGAUUGUUUUUCUGAAAAUUUACAAGUGCAGUUAUCUGAAGAUAAGAGAACAGAUACAAUUGAUUGUGGACUAGUUAUCAAAAGUGUUGGAUAUCAUGGUUUACAAAUUGAUCCAUGGUUACCAUUUGAUGUUACACGUGGAAUUAUUUUGAAUACUCAAUCACGUAUUCAUGAUCGUCCAGGAAUGUAUUGUGUUGGUUGGAUUGGGCGUGGUGCACGCGGUGUGAUUGUUGAUACAACAUCUGAGUCAUAUGUGGUAGCUAAACGAAUUGUUGAAGAUGUUAAAUUAAAUUUAAUACCAAAUUUAAAUGACAUAAAAUCGGGCGGUGAUGGUCUUGUUGAAUUAGCUCAUACAAAACACAUAAAACCGAUAGCCUAUAUCGAUUGGAAAUUAAUUGAUAAAUAUGAAAUUCAAAAUGGAAUGACAAAAGGAAAACCGAGAGAAAAAAUUGUCAAUGUAGAAAAAAUGUUAGAGUUAAUCACUGCAUCAAAAAAAACUAAUGAGCAAUAA